CAAAGAUGCAGGUACAAUGUACGUGUAGUAAAUUAGGGAAUAACAUGCAUUUGAAAAUUACAAAGACCAAAUAUACAAUUCAAACUACUGUAAUUGUCUCACUUUAUUCCAUUCACAUAUUUUUUUUCAUUAACUUGCGUCAUCUUUGAUCUAGAGUCUUACCGGAUAUUUCAUAACAACGUGAUAUUCCAAAGUUUAUGCACGUUAACUCAAUAACUGUGAACACUUAUAUGUUUCAGGGUUAUUUCACCACAUCGUAAUUACACAGUGAUACACUGUGAACAAAUGCAUGUAGCAUUAUCCUUUAAAAUCAUAGUGUAAAAUUAUUCGACUGAUAGAAGUAGCCAUCUAUAUUUUUAUCAAAAGAAUUUUUAAGAAAGAACUACCUUAGCUGUACACAGAGGCCCAAUAUGUUGAGUUCAGUUAAUGUUAACGACAUACAAGAAUACUCUACUAAUUCCAAAACCAAUGAUGAAAAAGAAUGUCGUCUUUCUAAAAGACUUUGCUAUAUCUUAAGAUAUGGAGCCUUGAAAGAAGGAUUGGAAAUUUCUGAAGGAGGUUUUGUUGAUGUGUCUCAGAUGAUGGAAUUAAAGAUGAUGAAACAUCACUCUCUAGAAGAUGUUUUACAAAAUGUAGAAACAUCUAUGUCUCACAGAGGUGCCAAGAGAUUUGAAUCACAAACAGAAAACAGCAAAACUUUCAUUAGAGCAUGCUUCUGUCGUAAUUUUGAACUGAGCACAUGUCAUGAAGGUUCUAAUGUACCAACACUGCUGGCUAAUUGUUUAGACCAUAUAACUUCUAAUAUAAAUAUGUAUGAUCUUGAAGACUUUCCUGAUGAGUAUUUGAUUAAUAAGAUGAUUCAUCGCCUCAAACGACAAAAGAAAUUGAACAACUCAACAUUACGACAGUUACUUGUUCCCAUUUUGGAACACCUUGACCUUGAUGGUGUGUAUGUUACAGAGGGCACUAUCAAAUUGAUAUGGAGGUCAUGUCCUAAUUUGAAGGUCAUUAGUUUGAAAGACUGUGGAUAUGUGUCAACAGACAAUUUAAUGGAACAAUUACUUAAGAAUUUGCCAAGCUUGGAAUCUAUUAAUUUGUGUGCAUGUAAACAUUUAACAGACAGAACGUUAAAGGCUUUGUGUAGAUACAGUAAAAACUUGCGACAAUUAAAUCUGAGUUGGAUACGGACCAUGUCUGAAAAGGCAAUUAUAGAUUUAAUGAUUAAAUGUACACAAUUAAAACAUUUAGAUAUAUAUGAUCAUAAGAUAUCUCCAGAAGGAAGAAGAUGCAUGGUUGACAUUGCUAAACCUCGAGGGUUGACUGUGGUAUUAAAAGGAUUAAAUGAUCAACAAGUAGCACCUGCAAAUCCUUGCUUAAUGUUACCUAAUUUUGGAUUAACAUGGUAAAAGGAGUUUUUAAUAUUUUGUAUUUAAAAAAAAAUGAAUUUAAGCUUAAUUUAGUCACUAAGUGAAUAUUUUCAUUUUAUUAUGAUGCAAAAGAUGUACUGUUUCUUCAGUUUAAAAAUAAGCUUUUAUCUUAAAUUAUAAAAACCAAAAUUAAGUACAAGAUUAAUCACUUGUGUAUAUUGUUUUAAGAAGCUAAAUUGUUGGAAGGAAUAUUUUAAUUAAAUUCUAAUUUAAUUGAUGCAUAUGAUUGGUUUCUGCAAAAAUAUGACUUUUCAAUGAAAAAUUACAAAAAUAA